CGUAAACGAACUUGAGAGAAAUAUGGCGGCCUCCGUCAGGACACUUGCCCUUAGAGUUCUCUCCGAUUACACGCGAAAUAUUCAUCAUGUUUCAAGGUGUCCGAGCAAACGUUUACACUGCCGUGCCGGACUCACGGGAUUGCGCGGAUAUAGCGACAGCACAGAGGGCAGGAGCACGCACUUUGGUUUCCAAACAGUCCCAGAGGAGGAGAAAGCAGGGAAAGUGUAUAAAGUGUUUGAGAGUGUGGCCAAGAAGUAUGACGUGAUGAAUGACGCCAUGAGUUUGGGAAUACACCGACUGUGGAAAGACACGCUGCUGCACGUCAUGAAUCCUCAGCCGGGACUAAGAUUGCUGGACACGGCUGGUGGUACAGGGGACAUCUCUUUCCGCUUCCUGGAGUACUCUCGCUCGAUGUAUGACCGUCAGCAGCGGGCGAGAGCGAAGUCCCAUCAGACGCCGUCGUGGAAGGACAUCGCCGGUCAUUACGCGUCAGACGGCGCCGGGCCUCCGCGCUCGCGUGCGGUGGUGUGUGACAUCAACAAAGAAAUGCUCAAAGUCGGGAAACAGAGGGCAGAGAAAGCAGGGAUCGCGGCAGGUCUUUCUUGGGUCGCUGGCGAUGCUGAAGAGCUCCCGUUCGAUGACGAUCAGUUCGAUAUAUACACCAUUGCGUUCGGCAUCAGAAAUGUCACGCACAUAGAGCAAGUAAACACUCCACUCUGCUUCAGUUUGCUUGAACCCAGGUUAAAACUAGACUAAACACAUCACUGUCUUGAAAGCCAUUUCUUUCCUAGCGCCCUGUAAUUAGCGCUAUAUGAUGCAUAUAGUUUUCAGAUGAUCCCUGUGUUGGGCGAAGUAAUUGCUGGAGACUGGAAAUCAUAUCAGUAUUUGGUGGAGAGCAUCCGAAAGUUCCCAGACCAGGAAACAUUCAAGGAAAUGAUCGAGGACGCUGGCUUCUUCUGUGUCCAGUAUUUUAACCUGACCGGAGGAAUCGUCGCCAUUCAUUCAGGAUUCAAGCUCUGAGCGUCGCCUUCUCUCCAAAUGAACUCUGACGAGAAAGAGCGGAGGACUUUAACUUGAACACCGUUCGACCGGACACCGGGAUCUCGGCAUGAAAUGUCCUUUUUGUUCGCGUGUUUGUGUUGGAAACACUUUCGCUCUCUGGCAGACAUUAAAACGUUCUUUAAAGCGUUGAGGGUUCGAUUGAGCUGUUGAAAAUGGAUUAAUUUUAAAGGCUGGUGAAAUGCGAGCGCUGUUAUUUUUACAAGAUGGACAAUGUGUUUGGGUUUUGCUCGGAGGGAAGCACAUGCUGACCUAGUAAAAGAUUAAAUGCAUUUCGUCUUUGAUCCCGUCGCAAAAUGCACGGCCCGUAAUGAGCGCUCGUUCGGAAUCUGCAUCGAAUUUCCACACACUUCUGGAUUUGGUUCACAGCAUGAAAAACAUCCCUGAGACGUGUUAUGCUUGGCGAAAAUGAAACAGUCAAAUGUGCGUUUUUACUUUAAUAAAACCAUAUAUUUUUUAA